CCUCACAUGUUACCUAUAAAUAGUUUGUGCUAAUAAACAUUAAGCUGUGAUAAAUUUUAUUAUAUUAUGUUACUAAAUUCUAAAAAAUACCAAUAUGCUGCUAAAAAUUAUAGUAUCAACUAAUUUUAAAACAAGAUUUGUCGCGAAAUGUGUUUUGUGUCGAUGCCUAACCACAACGGGCUAUCCGCCAGACUCAUUUCAAUUUCGGAUUUUAAAUUAUUUCGAAAAUUCAUUGGCAUCAAGAAAAUCUAUUCAAAAUCAAGAAAUUUCAACCCAAGUUAAAUAUGCUUUACCAGAAAAUUUUAAAAUAAAACAGCAAUUUGAUCAACUGCUGCAGGAUAUUGAUUCUCUGUCAAAGUUGACAGAUAAACAAAUUAAAGAAAAAAUACUUGGUGAAAUUGAUCCAAAGUGGUCGCCAAUGGUACAGUCAUUACCACACAUGAAUAUUUUCAAUUUACUCAUUGAUAUUUUAAAAACAUCACCACAUAUUCAAAGCAGUUUUGUAUCAACACAGCUAUACAAAAAUUCAUUAGACACACUAAUGAAUGCCGUCGAGAGUGACCUACUUGAUCACAGUGAGCUCGUGCAGCUUCUAUUUUUUAUCUCUUUACAAAAUGAUGAAAGCUCUAGCUAUAUCAACUACUUAAAGUCUUUUUUACCAGAUCUAAAUGAGCUUGAUUUGAUGGAUAAAUGUAUAAUUUCACAAGCUUUUUAUAGGUGCUCAAAAAAACUAUCAAGUUCUCAAUCUAGAAUUUUAGAAAAAAUAAUUGAAGAAAAAAGUGAUGAUUUGAUAAAAGAUCCAUUAUUGCUUGUUUGUUUGUGUAAAAUUAUCAGAAUUAGUGGCCCAAGUGACAAAUUAAAUUUGAAAAAUUUGAGUUCAGCCAUUCUUAAUUUAGAUAGGCCUCUAACAUUUACAACGUCUUGCCAUAUUUUAAGUUUGUAUGCACAAGCUUUGAUGCAUGAACCACAAGUCACUGAAAAAUUAAUCGAUAAUGCUGUAGAAGAACUAAAACUUGAUGCUUUUCAACAUCGUUUGAGAAUUAAAGAUUUUGAUAGAUUUUUGUGGAGUAUAAGCUACUUGGGUGUGAAUUUAAAUGAAAAUAAAAAAAUUUUACUGAGAACUUAUCUAAAACAAAGAUCAUUAGAGUAUAAGCGGAAAGAGAACUUGGGACUUUAUGUAAAUAGUACAUUAUGUUUACAUUUAUUAGGGUCAUGGAGUAAAAAUUUGCUGAUAAAAUCUUUUGAUAAAGAUUUAUUCAAGCCAAUAUUUGAAGAGAAGUUUCACUGGAAAGUUAGAUCUCGUUUUCAGCUUCUCAUAACUCAAAUUCAAAUCGAACUCGGUUUGGAUGUGCCAGAAGAAAUCAGACAACGAAUCAAAAUUGAAUUUACUCCAUCUGAAGAAUUAUUGAAAAUAAAAGAUAUUGGCAAAGAAUUAACAAAAAAAGGUCUUAUCAGAAGAGUUGCAAUAGAAUGCCCUAUCAAUACUUUGAAUAUUCCAGGAUUGACCUUUACAACAAAAAACAGUGUCUACCAUGCUGAUAUUCUGAAUAAUUCAACAUGCUUGAGAAACACGAAUAUACCUCAUGGACUAAUGCAAUUAAAGAUUCGUCUGAUGAAAAAAAUUGGAAAAUAUAAGCAUUUUUAUAUUACUGCUGAUGAUAUUUCACAGGGAUCUGAUAGAAUACAAACUGUUAUUGAAGAAAAUAUUUUUAACAAUCUCAAAGAUAAUGAAUCAACAGAUUUUAAUGAAACUGAGAAAGUUUUUAUAAGUUGAAACAUUAAAAUAGUGUAUAUACUCUGUGUAAAUAAAUCGUAAUGCUUA